AUGGCGAGAUACAUAACACCCACCAGUGGAGUCGUUUCUUCCUUGACUUCGACUUCUUUUUCGCUGCCUAUCCUGCCUGCCCUGCCUGCCCUCUUACUAACUGCCGACUCCUGCUCGUUAGCUGAAGGGGCCAAAAGACAGACGGGCGGCGGAGAGAUCCCCCCCCCAUCCAUCAACUCUGAGCUUGCUCUUCUGCUGGCCAUGAGGAACUUGAGGGCCAACACUAGUCGACUUGAGCUAAAAGAUGAAACAGGAACAGCAGAGAAGACGGAGAAGAAGAAGGAGAAGAAGGAGAAGAAGGAGAAGAAGCAGACGAGGAGGCCAACUCUGGCUAAGAAGAAGAAGAAGAAGAAGAUUGAAGAGGAGGAAGAAGAAGAUAUAGAAGAGAAAGAGACGUUGACAGCGAAAAACCACCAACAGAAGAGCGUCAAGAGUUGGUAUCGAUGGUAUCUCUCGUAUCGUGUAUUACCAACCUUACCCAAAACCUCCUUCGCUCCCGCUUCGUCUCUUACUUCGACUCCAAACUUCGACUUCGACUUCGACUUCUUCUUCUUCUCUUCUUCUUCUUCAUCUUCAUCUCUUCAUCGCCGUCGCUUCGUCUUCUUCUUCUUCUUCUUCUCCCUCCUCCUCCUCGUCCUCCUUCUUCCUCUCGCCGGCCUCGUCCUCCCUCCACCGACAGACAGCCUGACGAGGGCUGCUCCCGUCUCGACUCCACGCUCUUUUUUUUUAGCCGCCGUCUUUCCUUUACUACAUCGCCUGCUCUCUCCCCGUCUCUUCCCAGGUGGAAAGACGCCCCUCGUUCGACAUUCCCAUAUUCCCAAUACAUUACCAUCGUCUCCAGCUCUGUCCUCGCCAGCUGCUUCUCCUGGUGGUAGCUCCGGCCGGUGGUGA